GCGUUGGCCUCAGAACAACGGCCAUGAUUGGCUGAAUAGUCCACUGCGCCCGCCCAUGAAUGAGUAAAAGAAAAAGAAGAAGAAGAAGCAGAACCCGGUACUGUGGGGCUGCAGAUGUUGAUGAAUCCAUUCUGUUCUGACGCCUCAAAGCUCCAACGGAGCUCCUGAACGCCUCAACAUGGCGGCGCCCCUGCUCGGUAGAUGCAGCUUCUUCGUCCAGAGAAAAAACCGUUUCUGUAAGAUGAUUGCCGGAAAAGGGAAACGUUUCUGUGGAGAGCACGCGACCAUGGAGGAGGGGGAUGGUGGCAGCAAGAGGAUCAGCUGUCCUCUGGACCCCAAACACACGGUGUCUGAAGACAACCUGGAGAAACACCUGAAGAAAUGCAACUCCAGAGAUAAACCCAAACCGGGUUAUUAUGUGGAGAACAUCAAUGCAGGUCAAGCUGACAAAGACCAGAAGCUUCAACAGGUGACUCUGUGUGAGCGCAGUAGAGCAGAGUUGGAGGCUCUGGUGGAAAAACUGAAGACAGCUGUUGAGGGUCUGCAGGGCGAUGUGGAGGACAGAACUUUGUCCCAUCCCAUCCUCCAAGAAGAGCUUCUUAACCCAAUGAAUGGAGACUCUGCCCACAAACACCUGAAGCAGCAGGCCUCUAUCUUAGGUCACCUGCAGGAGCUGGGGCUGCUCAAAAGGGGGCACUGCUUUGUGGAGUUCGGAGCAGGUCGAGGAAAACUGUCCCACUGGAUCCACAAGGCCCUGAAGAACCCUGAGAACCCAGAAAUCUGUGAAUAUCAGAAGAUCAUCAACAAUCCAGAGACCUUUGAGGACCUUCAGCUACUGCUUGUGGAGCGCUCCAGCACCCGAUUCAAGGUGGAUGGGAAGCAUCAGGAUGCCGGAGUGCCGUUUGAGAGGCUACAGGUGGACAUUCAACACCUGGAUCUGAGUAAAGUUCCCCUGCUGAGGAAGAAAAAGCUCCCGUUGGUUGGAGUCGGGAAGCAUCUCUGUGGAGCAGCGACAGAUCUUGCUCUCCGGUGCUUAUUAGAAACAACCAGAGUCAGAGAGGAUCCUGAACCACCUCCGAAACGCCUUAAAGAGCCAGAAACUGUGCCGAAAUCAGAGGAUGAUGCAGAGACAGCCCCACCUGACUCCAGUUCAAGUACUGGUACUAGUAAGGGUCCAGUGCUGGGCCUGGCAGUGGCACUGUGCUGUCACCAUCGCUGUGAGUGGCGUCACUACGUGGGUCAGCACUUCUUCCUCCAGAGAGGACUUGGAGCUGUUGAGUUCUCCACCUUCUGUCGGAUGUCCAGCUGGGCUACGUGUGGGCUCAGACUGGCCAAUCAGAGCUGCCCAUCACAUGAUCCCACCAAUCAGAGAGGAGAGGAUGAAGACCAUGAAGCAGCAGAGGAGACCGAAGCAGUGAGCAGGUUCUGGACAGCAGCUGAGCGAGAGCAGGUGGGUCGUCUCUGCAAACUGUUGAUUGACUGCGGCAGACGUGACUUCCUGAAGACCAAAGGAUUCAGCAGCAGACUGACUCGUUAUGUGGAGACUGCAGUGACUCUGGAGAACGUCUUGCUAACUGCAGUACCCUCCUCUUCUUCCUGAUGUUCUGCUACAUUUACAGGAAACUGAUAGCCUUGUUUUAGGUUUGGACAAAGUAAGACGUCAUGUUGGAUGGAUCGGGUUUCAGAGGAGCAUCAAUAUAUUGAUUAUUGGACCGUGCAGCUAAAAUAAGAGGACAACUCUUUAUAUAAAAUCUGUUUUAAUAAAAAUUAACUCUUCAUCAGAUAAA